AUGGUUUUCUCACGAAUCUUUACCCGGCGCGCCGCCCUCGCCCGCAUGGGCCGUCCCACCAUGCCCGCCCGACGCACCCUGAUCGCAGCCCCCGGACCGAACGCCGGACCUCUGAUGGAGCGACGCGCAGACCGAGAGCUGCCGAACCCGAACGGCAGCCGGACCUGGUUGCUCACACUGCCAAUCUUCAUUAUUGCUAGUGGAGCUGGCUUGCUGGGUAUCUUCAAUUACCAGAAGCAAUCGUCCAGCAUUGUGAGCAGCACGCUGUAUGCGCUGCGCACUUCCCCGCGGGCCCGCGAGAUUCUGGGUGACGAGAUCUACUUUGCGCAGCAGAUUCCGUGGAUUAGUGGAGAGAUGAACCAAUUGCAUGGACGGAUCAAUAUCUCGUUCUGGGUGAAGGGUACCAAGGCCCAGGGCAAGAUGAAGUUCCGCAGUAUUCGGCCGGAUCGUAUGAGCUACUUCCACACUGAAGAAUGGAGCUUGGAGACCGAGGAUGGAGAGGUGAUCGAGUUGCUGGACAAGAGUGCUGACCCGUUCCGACGGGAGUGA